GGAGGCAGUUCUGUUGAUGAACUUGAUGCGUUACGGACAGGCUAACAACACUGUUAACAUGACGCAGUCGUGUCGUAUAUAACGGACUAAAUGCAUUGCGGUCUUCAAGUUGUGGGGUUGUGCUCAUUACCAUGCCUGCUCAAAACACACUGUUUGCGAUGGCUUACGCUGCUCAACAUAGCAACACCGAGCUUGUGGUUUAUUCUCGUGACGCCGGCCGAUGUGUCACGAUUGCAUAUCCAGUCUCCAGAGGCUUCCGCAUCGUACCAAGUGGAAUCGCAACAUACUUAAUGCGGCGACGCUGUUUUUGGGAGUGUUUUUGUGGCCUCCUUCCCUAAUUGAAGGAGGCGGGCCUAAUCUUACUGCAUUUCGAGCUAUCAUUGCCAGUUUACCAUCUGGCCAUGCUGAGAUCGCGCCAUACUUCGUCAAUUAUCUUGGCUCACACUCGUCGAUACACCCGCGACCAUCUGUCAUAAAUCACCUUCCUUCAUCUGUGAAGUGGCGGGAAACCACCGUCGUUCUGUAUUUAUCCCAAGACCAAAAGAUACCCUACUUGAUCAUGCCAGACACGACACCGAUGCGCUGCCGGACAUGUUUUUCUUCGUCUCGAGAAUCGAGCAAGGACGUAUGCAUGCGCUCACAGCUGGCAUGGGUAUUAGUCGUUAUGAUGCGAUGGAACUUAUUGAAGAAUGUGACAGUUGUGGUAGGUGGUUUAUGGCGAGCGCUUUGAGAGGGCACAUUGUGUGGGGGUGUGGCGAGAGGUAUACCACAAAGUUUGGAACUGAGGGUUAUGUUUAUCGCGGUCCUUUGUGAAGUACGGGAUUGUUC